AUGUCAGUCGGUCCUGAUCGUACGAACGACAUUCACACUCAACUUCGACGUCGUGCUCGUCUUAUAAAUUAUGCCAUUCGCGACUGUCAAGCCGUUACACAACUUGUCAAAUAUAUGAAUGAACAUCCGGCGAGGCGUGCAUCUCCACCACAAUGUAUCGUUGAACUCAUCGACCACCUUUCAUCCUUUACGACACAAGACUCCGCAUUACCACCAUCACUUACACAACACUCACUACUCGAAGAUUAUUCCUGUCAUGAAGCAAUUUCAGCACGAACACCGGUAGCUUCUCCUCCGGCACCGCUCAUCGCUUCUCUAGUCGUACAAUCAGAAGGACUGAUUGUAAACCCUUCAAAUUCACAAUCAUCGAUUGCUCCUCCUCCUAAAAGCAAACAUUCGCAACGCUCUGCCGAUGGUCGUACCCAUCAAAACUAUUUGCGAUCUAUUAGACGACACCACCACCGUUAUAAUCACUCAAUUAUUCUACCACUUCACCCUCAUUAUACUCGACGACAAAUUUCUAUUCGCCUUCGAGGAUUGAAAUAUACACACUUCCGCAUGGACACACGCCGUCGUCAACUCAUCAUCGGAUGCAAAGAACGUGUGCACAAAGCUGUUUUUAAUCCAGCAAUUGGCAUCAAUAUGUUUAAACAUCUCAAUGAACAAUGA